GUCGGCUGCUUUGUAGCAGAUGGAGAGGAAGAUGGAGGAGAACACUGUUAGCGAUGUCGACGCUGGCCGUGAAGCUGGGGGAGAGGAUGCCUUGGUGGGCAACGUAAACAAGCUGAUGGUGAGCCCACCAGGAUACUCAGGAACUCCACGAAAAGGACAUCUGGUUUUUGAUGCAUGCUUUGAAAGUGGGAACCUGGGUCGUGUUGACUACAUCAGUGAGUUUGAAUUUGAUCUCUUCAUCCGGCCUGACACCUGCAACCCCCGAUUCAGAGUGUGGUUUAACUUCACUGUGGAGAACGUCCGAGAGACACAGCUUCUUGGACACAGGCUCUGAGACGGAGACAGGGCUCUAAAUCACUUAACUGGAAC